CGCGCCCCGUAGACGCGACUGUUUAAUAAAGUCAAUCUUAGACAUCAUGGCUGAUAGAAAGAGAAGAAGAGAUAGUGCCAAUCUCCACAGUGACGAUGCACCUGCUUCGUCACCAGCACCUUCCUCCUUGCCACCAUCGUCACCCGCUCCAUUCUUUUCAGACUUGGGAUAUAGAGAUGAGGAGGAGGAAGUGGAGAAUAACAUGGAAGAUGAGGUUGAUGAAGAAGAAGAUGAUGACGGUAUUGAUUUGUUUGGAAGCGAUAUGGAAAAUGAUUAUCGUGAGGACUCUGUUCGUGAUCGCUACGAUUUGGCCAACAUUGAUGACGAGGACUACGACAACUUGGAUCCCGCUGAUCGUGCUGCUGUCGAACAAAGACUAAACCGUCGAGACGCCGAGAUAAUGCGCAGAGAAGGCAGAAUGGCUGAUGCGUUCAUGGAUGGAAUUGAUGACGAUGUCGAUAAUCCUAUGCCUACAAGACGCCGUCACAGACGACUUUACGAUGCCGAUAUGGGUAUGAAUUUGGAUGACGAGAACAUGGCUGUGCCUGAAAUGUCACUCGACGACCUCCGCAACAUGAAGCAUGCAUCUAUGACCGAUUGGAUUGACCAGGAAGCCCCCAGAAGAACAAUUAAGCGAGAGUUCAAAGAUUUCUUGCUGACUUACGUUGAUGAGCACGGAACUUCAGUUUACGGUGAACGAAUCAAGGAUAUGGGUGAAAGUAAUCGUGAAAGUUUGGAAGUUAGCUACGAACAUCUUUCUCAAAGCAAGACUAUCCUUGCCUAUUUUCUCGCCAAUACACCUCUUAAUAUGCUGAAGCUUUUCGACCAAGUUGCCUUGGAAGUCACACUUAUCCAAUUCCCAGAAUAUGAACGCAUUCACCGAGACAUCCAUAUUCGCAUCGCUGACCUCCCAACUGUUAACACUCUUCGUGAACUUAGACAAAUCCAACUUAACUGCCUUGUCCGUGUAUCCGGUGUUGUUACCCGCCGAACUGGCGUAUUUCCCCAACUCAAGUGGGUGAAAUACAACUGCGGACGAUGUGAUCAGUUACUAGGUCCCUUUUACCAAGACAUUCACAAUGAAAUCAAACUACAAGUCUGUCCACACUGUGGUGGAAAAGGCCCAUUCAAUCUUAAUGCACAACAGACCGUAUACCGCAACUACCAAAAGCUCACCCUGCAAGAGUCCCCUGGCACUGUUCCACCUGGUCGUCUUCCUCGUCAUCGCGACAUCAUUUGCUUGUGGGAUCUUAUUGAUCAAUGCAAGCCUGGUGAAGAGAUUGAGGUUACUGGUAUCUAUCGUAACAACUUCGAUGCCUCAUUGAGCACCAGAAACGGAUUCCCUGUAUUUGCCACCAUCAUUGAAGCCAAUUACAUCAGCAAGAAGGAAGAUUUGUUCGCCAGCUUCAGACUCACCGAGGAUGACCAGCGUCAAAUUUUAGCAUUGUCAAAGGACAAGCGCAUUGGUAAACGGAUAAUGAAGAGUAUAGCGCCAUCUAUCUAUGGCCAUGAAGACAUCAAGCGUGCUAUUGCACUAUCAUUGUUUGGAGGUGUACCCAAGAACGUUCAAGGAAAGCAUUCAAUUCGUGGAGAUAUCAAUAUCCUUAUGCUUGGUGACCCAGGAACGGCAAAAUCACAAUUCCUAAAAUACGUGGAGAAGACAGCCCAUCGAUCUGUGUUUACUACUGGUCAAGGUGCUAGUGCUGUCGGUUUGACAGCCUCUGUCCACAAGGACCCCAUCACACGUGAAUGGACUUUGGAAGGAGGAGCUCUUGUGUUGGCAGAUCGUGGUGUUUGCAUGAUUGACGAGUUUGAUAAGAUGAACGAUUCUGACAGAACAUCCAUCCACGAAGCCAUGGAACAGCAAUCCAUUUCCAUUUCAAAGGCUGGUAUUGUCACCACUCUGCAAGCUCGAUGCUCUAUCAUUGCUGCUGCCAAUCCUAUCCGUGGCCGUUACAAUGCAGCCAUUCCGUUUUCACAAAAUGUCGAACUCACUGAGCCUAUCCUGUCUCGUUUUGAUAUUCUCUGCGUUGUUAAAGAUACUGUGGAUCCAGAUCGCGACCAUACCCUCGCUACCAACGUCAUUGCCAGUCAUAUCAGAAGUCAUCCAGUGUUCGAUGCCGAAAAGGAUCAAAUACAUAAUGUUGAUGUGGACAUCGAUAUCUUACCUCAAGAUAUCUUGCGUAAAUAUAUCAUGUAUGCUCGUGAUAAGGUCCAUCCAAAGUUGCAGCAAGUUGAUGAGGAUAAACUUGCCCGACUUUACUCAGAGUUGCGUCGAGAAUCACUUGCCAGCGGAAGUAUUCCCAUCACAGUGCGUCAUUUGGAAUCCAUGAUUCGUAUGUCUGAAGCACACGCAAAGAUGCAUCUUCGUGAAUAUGUUCGAUCAGACGAUGUAGAUGUUGCCAUUCAAGUUACACUCGACAGCUUCAUCAGUGCACAAAAGUACAGUGUCAUGAAGUCAUUACGAAGACGCUUUGCCAGAUACAUCAACAGCUCUAGAGACAACGAUGAGCUUCUUCUGCAUAUGCUGGAAAACAUUGCUAGUGAGAAGCGAAAAAUGUACCAGUUCAGACAUAGAAUGCUUCCCAAGGAAGUGCAAAUCGACGUGGAGGAUUUGGAUAGCAGAGCUCGAGACCUUAAUAUCCAUGAUAUUCAACCCUUUUUCAAGUCUCAGCUGCUGCCACGAAAUCACUACAAGAUCGAUUUAUCUCGAGGAGUUCUUAUUAAAACAUAUAUGUAAUUUGCUGAAAUACCAUGCUUUCGACCACUCAAUAAAUAAACCAUUCUUUCUCCAAUUUGUAUCACCGGUGUGGUUUGCUUUUGAGGAGGGAACGAUGUGGACAAGAGAUCGAAAAGACAUCAAGAAGUAGCACUAUCGAUGGAUGACAAAAUAUUAUCGACUGAACCGAUUUCAGCAACACCUUUCGUAUUACGCACAAGAUUUUUAAUGAUGAA